AUGUCGUGGCACGGCGUCUUGCCCGACGAAGAGGACAGGAUCGAUCUCCCCCUUUACAUCUCGCCCGCCACUCCCCCUUACAUCUCGCCCGCCACACUUCUCCCCAAGGUGAGAGCUUACGAGAUGGCGGCGCCGGAUUCGAUCUGCGUCCACCACCUGGUGGCGCGACCGGCAGGAGGGCCGGUGUAUGGGUUCCAGGAGCUAGGUCUGGCGGAAGCAGUUCUGCACAACUUGGCGAGGUGUCAGUUCGAGACCCCGAGUCCGUUGCAGUGCUACUCGAUCCCGAUGGUGCUGGCCGGCCGGGACCUGUUGGUUUGCGCGCAGAAGGGGUCCGGGAAGACGACCGCCUUACUCAUCCCGGUGUUGAGUGGGCUGGUGACGGCGCCGGUAGCAGCAGGAAGAACAGGACGUAUGAAGUGUGUUAAACCACGCGCGCUCUUGCUCGUGCCUACCGCCAGGCUUGUAAAACAGAUUGGUGCUGAUAUCAGGAAAUUCUCUUACCGAACUAGAAUAAGAGUUCAUUCAAAGAUGAAAGGGAAGAUGCAGAAAUGUCAGCUUGAAGCGGGCAUUGAUAUAGUUGUUUCUACACCCCGACGUCUUAUCAACAUGGUUAGAACCACUCAAGUCUCCCUUGAGGCAAUAAAGUAUCUGGUCAUAUGCGAGCUUGGUUUGAUGCUGGAUAUGGGGUUUGAAAAAACGUUAAGGAAGAUAGUUGAUGACAUGCAUAUUCCACCGAAAUCUGCCAGACAUACUUUACUUUCCAGCGGUACUUUCCAACCAGCAGUACAGAAACUGGCUUGGGAUUUCUUGUCAGAUUACUUAUUUAUCACCGAUGGGAGGUUGGAGUUCAGUAUUGGCCUAACUAAGCAGAAAAUUGAGCUUGCCUCUGAAGAAGAGAAAAGAGGCCUCCUGCUAAAUCUGUUACAGAAGCAAUCCGUCUCUUCUGCCGGCAUGAGCCAACUCAGAACAGUAGUUUUUGUCGAGACAAAAGGAAAGGCUGAUUCAUUGAAGAAUUGGCUAUGCAAUGAAGGUUUUCCUGCAACAGUGAUCUUUGCUGACAGUUCACAGCAGGAGAGAGAGAGCGCAUCGCUACCUUUCCAGAUUAGCGGCAUUUCUAUCCUGAUUGCUGCCAAUGCAGCCUCACCAGGCUUGGACGUUGCAAAUGUUGAUCAUUUGAUUAACUAUGAUCUUCCAAAGUCUGUUGAGGAAUAUGUUGAGAGGAUUAGAACAUUUGCGAGAGUUGGUUCUGCCACUUCCUUCUUCACUGAGUCCAACCGGUCGAUAGCAAAAGGCUUGCUGGAAUUGAUGAUUGAGGCAAAUCUAGAAGUGCCAGAUUGGCUGUUGGACUAUGCUAAUCCUGAUUAUACUAGAUCUGUGGAAUUGGACUCAGAAGAUGAGGAGAAUGAUAAGGACAGAUAUGAUUUAGCUCGGUCUCUCGCCUCACGCAAGAUUGAUAACAUAUACGAUCUGGCAUGUGUUUGGGCUGAAUUAAAUUGCAGGAGAACUAAGCAAAGCUUUGAUGAUAGUAGGAUCAAGACAAUGUCUAAAGAUUGUUGUAUUGCAUUUACACAACAAGAAGAAUACAAGUUCCUCAAGUUCUAUUUCGUCAAGGUUACUCAGCAUUGUUAUAGUCCUGAAAGUUAUGAAAAAACCUAUUGGCAUUACAAUUUCAUUGCCAAGAUUAAGAGUAAAUCAGGAAUCUGGACUGAAGGUAUCUACUUUGCUGAAAGAAAAUUAGAAUGUGAUGUGGAGACAUUUUGUUGCUCUUUCCUGGAGCCGUCAGACGAUGGUGAGUGCUAUGGUUGUCAACAUGGGGAGGCGAAGGUUCGGCAUCCAACUAGAGGUGACUAUGAGAGAGGAACACCUGAUCAUGUUUGGCUUUCCGAUGGUGACUGUGAAAUUAGUGAUGAUGAUAUGGUGGAUUUCUAA